AGUGUUUGUAUAAAAAAGAAGGGAUAUGAAAGGAGUUGUCACACACUCUUGGAAGUAUAACUCCUAAUACGACGAUGGGGGGCGCUAAGGGAGUUGGUUUGAUAGCUUUGAUCAUCUGUUUUCAUGUGGUGUUAGUGAGCGUUGGUGCUAGAAAUGUGGCCGAUGAGGAGAAGAAGUUCUUCUCCCACGGUAAGGGAGGUGGGUUUGGUGGUGGUGGAGGGUUUGGGGGCGGAGGUGGUGCUGGCGGCGGCUUUGGAGGUGGUGGUGGCUUUGGAGGUGGUGGUGGCUUUGGAGGCGGUGCUGGCGGUGGUGGUGGACUUGGAGGUGGUGGUGGUGGUGGUGGUGGCUUUGGAGGUGGUGCUGGCGGUGGUGGUGGACUUGGUGGAGGCCACGGCAUUGGUGGUGGAGCUGGUGGUGGUUUUGGGAAAGGUGGUGGACUAGGUGGAGGUGCUGGCGGGGGUUUUGGAAAGGGUGGUGGAGUAGGAGGUGGAGCUGGGGGUGGAUUUGGGAAAGGUGGUGGGCUUGGCGGAGGCCACGGCAUUGGUGGUGGAGCUGGUGGUGGUUUUGGGAAAGGUGGUGGGCUUGGCGGAGGCCAUGGCAUUGGUGGUGGAGCUGGUGGUGGUUAUGGGAAAGGUGGUGGACUAGGUGGAGGUGCUGGCGGUGGUUUUGGAAAAGGUGGUGGAGUAGGAGGUGGAGCUGGGGGUGGAUUUGGGAAAGGUGGCGGGCUUGGCGGAGGAGCUGGUGGUGGAUUUGGCAAAGGUGGCGGUAUAGGUGGAGGUGCCGGGGGAGGAUUUGGUAAAGGUGGUGGAGUUGGUGGCGGUGCCGGUGGAGGAUUUGGAAAGGGCGGAGGGAUUGGAGGUGGUGCUGGCGGUGGGUUUGGAAAAGGUGGUGGAGUUGGAGGUGGCGCCGGCGGAGGAUUUGGCAAGGGUGGAGGAAUUGGUGGUGGGAUUGGAAAAGGUGGAGGAGUUGGUGGCGGAGCCGGUGGUGGGUUUGGAAAAGGUGGCGGAGUUGGAGGAGGUGCCGGAGGUGGGUUUGGUAAAGGUGGAGGCAUUGGUGGUGGUGCCGGAGGCGGAUUCGGGAAAGGUGGGGGAAUAGGAGGCGGGGCAGGUGGAGGAAUCGGAAAGGGUGGUGGCAUUGGAGGAGGUGCUGGUGGAGGCUUUGGCAAGGGUGGUGGGGGAGGCAUUGGUGGUGGCGGAGGCUUCGGAAAAGGUGGCGGCAUCGGUGGUGGUUUCGGAAAAGGCGGUGGCAUUGGUGGUGGAUUUGGUAAAGGCGGAGGCUUUGGUGGUGGAAUCGGUGGGGGAUUUGGCAAAGGUGGAGGAGUUGGAGGAGGCUCCGGAGGUGGGUUCGGUGGUGGAUUCGGAGGUGGAGGUGGAGGUGGUGGUGGAGGUGGAGGUGGUGGAGGAAUUGGACAUCACUGAGCUUCACGUUGCAUGAAUUCCCGUACUAAGAAAUGAGUCUCUCUUUGUAUUCGCUAAACAUAUGUGUGUUAUUAUCCCUCCCGUGCAUAUUUUUGUUCAGUUAAUCAAUUAAUCUCUAUGAUAUAUUCAUAUUAAUAAUAAAUCAAUUCAUAUUUCAGCAGCCU